AUGUCAGAACUUUUGGAUUCCAUUCAACCUUAUUUGACCAAAUGGUACGUGGUGAUCUCGGCUCUUUUGGUGUCGUUCUUUAUUGCCCACAAGAUUUCCGUCGCCAGAUUUAAGGCCACCCACAAUUGUGCUGCUUCGCCUGAAUACUACAAAGUAAACUGGUUCUCGCUUCCUCUUCUUUAUCGUCUUAUUCAGGUCAAAAGAGAGGGACGCCUUUUGGACUUUGCCCAGAAAAUUUAUGACGAUGUAAAGGCAUUGACCUUUGUCAUCAAAAUUGUUGGUGUUCCCGUAAUUAUCACCAGAGACCCUGAAAAUAUGAAAGCCGUUUUAGCUACCCAAUUUAAUGAUUUUGCCUUGGGAACCAGACACGCUCACUUUAAGCCUUUGUUGGGAGAUGGUAUCUUCACUCUUGAUGGUAAUGGAUGGAAACAAUCAAGAUCAAUGUUGAGACCUCAAUUCUCCAGAGAACAAGUUGCCCAUGUCCAGGCUUUGGAGCCACACUUGCAGAGAUUGGCGAAGCACAUCAGACUCGCUGACGGGGAAACCAUCAACAUUCAAGACUUGUUCUUCAAGUUGACUGUCGACACUGCCACCGAGUUUUUGUUUGGACAAUCCGUGUACAGCUUAAAGGAUGCUGCUAUCAACGACCCUCCCACUGAGGACUUUGAUGGUAGAAGCAGCUUUGCUAACUCGUUCAACACCGCCCAGACUUAUUUGGGUACCCGUGCUUACUUGCAAAUGUUCUACUUUAUUGUCAACAACUCUGACUUCCGAAAGUGUUGCAACCAAGUGCACGAUUUCACUAGAUUCUACGUCCAAAAGGGCUUGGACAUGACUCCAGAAGAACUUGAAAAGAAGAGUGAGAAUGGCUAUGUCUUCCUUUACGAAUUGGUCAAACAAACUAGGGACCCAAAGGUUUUGCAAGAUCAAUUGUUGAACAUUUUGUUAGCUGGUAGAGAUACCACUGCUGGCUUGUUGUCAUUCACCUUCUUCGAGUUGGCCAGACACCCUAGGGUGUUCAACAAGUUGAAGGAGGAGAUCUACGAAGCAUUUGGAAAGGGAGAUGAUGCUCGGGUUUCAGAAAUCACAUUUGAGUCCUUGAAAAAGUGUGAGUACUUGAAAUGGGUCAUGAACGAAAUGUUGAGAUUGUACCCAUCUGUGCCCGUCAACUUUAGAGUUGCUACCAAGAGGACAACGUUGCCUCGUGGAGGUGGACCAGACGGUAAUUCUCCUAUCUACGUUGGUAAAGGAACCACAGUGGCCUACUCGGUGUACUCCACUCACAGAAUGGAAGAGUACUACGGUAAGGAUGCUGAUGAGUUUAAACCAGAAAGAUGGGCCGAAUCUCGUAAAUUGGGAUGGGCUUACGUUCCUUUUAACGGUGGUCCAAGAAUCUGUUUGGGUCAGCAGUUUGCCUUGACUGAAGCUUCCUACAUUGUAACUAGAUUGUUGCAGAUGUUUGACAAGUUGGAGCUCCAUGACGACAGACCUUACCCACCGGCUAAGUCGGUCCAUUUGACCAUGUGUCACCAAGAUGGUGUCUACGUUAGUUUGUCAUAA